AACAUCAGGUGGGUUUGGGGCUGUAAAGCAGCGCUUGUUUACUUGUGUACAGCCGUAAACAAUGCCCAGGGGCGGCCCGGAGGACCCCGUACGGAUCGGUAUACGUGGCACACCGCGGUUGCAGUGCCAUGUAGGGGGGCUCGCUCCGUCUCGCUCGUCAAAUCGCGGGGCAUUGUGGGGCGGAGGCGGCCUUUCUCUGAGUCCAGGCUGUCGGGAAAUCUUCAAGUAAAUAACGUUAACAGUGGCAGGAACAGAGCGAACACAGCUUGCGGAAAAAACCCCAACGCACCGAAGCCGUGUUGCGCCGAGCCUUAAACAUUACAGCUGGUAAAAUUACACGAAUAUGGGGCAGGAGGAUCUUAUGAACACCGCUGAAGACGUGGCAGACCAGUUCCUGCGGGUAACCAAACAGUACCUGCCCCACCUGGCUCGUCUGUGUCUCAUCAGCACCUUCCUCGAAGAUGGCAUCCGCAUGUGGUUCCAGUGGAAUGAGCAGCGAGACUACAUUGAGGCAACCUGGAACUGUGGCUACUUUCUCGCUACAUGCUUUGUGCUGCUUAACCUCAUCGGACAGCUCGGUGGUUGUGUCCUCAUCCUCAGUAGAAAUUUUGUACAGUAUGCCUGCUUUGGACUAUUUGGGAUCAUAGCGCUACAGACGGUUGCCUACAGCAUUUUAUGGGACCUUAAAUUUUUGAUGAGAAACCUGGCCCUUGGAGGUGGUCUGCUGCUGCUACUGGCUGAAUCUCGUUCAGAAGGAAAAAGCAUGUUUGCUGGAGUCCCCUCCAUGGGAGAGAGUUCACCGAAGCAGUACAUGCAGCUGGGCGGUCGAGUACUCUUGGUGCUCAUGUUCAUGACCCUGUUACACUUCGACUCCAGCUUCUUCUCUAUACUGCAGAACAUGGUGGGGACAGCUCUCAUCAUCCUGGUGGCCAUUGGUUUCAAAACCAAGUUAGCAGCACUGACCCUCGUAGUGUGGCUUCUGGCUAUCAACUUCUACUUCAACGCUUUCUGGACCAUCCCUGCCUACAAGCCCAUGCACGACUUCCUCAAGUAUGACUUCUUCCAGACCACGUCAGUCAUUGGAGGCCUGCUGCUGGUGGUGGCUCUUGGGCCUGGUGGAGUGUCCAUGGAUGAGAAAAAGAAAGAGUGGUAGGCAUAGGAAGCACAGCAUCACUAACUUCCCCUGCCAGCUGGGACAAAAGACCCUCCCCCUCCAGUUCACCAGGGUACAUAGUUGUUGUUUUUUUGUUUUUGUUUUUU